UGACGGAGAAGGGCGGCGGUUUCAGUUCUUCUUUUCACGGAUCUUCUCGGUCUUUGCCAGCAGACUAUUCGGUGCUGGUUGUGGUGGGGACACUGCGGCCUGUAGGGCUGCUGGAGCAACUGCUGGGGCAGAUAGAUUCAGCUCUUCUGGUGGGACCCCAAGGCAUUCCCAGGCCAGCCGAGAGACAUGGUCUUUCCAGCGAGUCCUGGGUCUUUCCCGGGGCCUCCUACCGGUGGGACAUGCCCGGAACACCUCUCCAGGGAGGCGUCCAGGAGGCAUCCAAACCUUCUCAACCUUUCUAGGUGCCUCAGCCACCCUGCGGAGAAAACUAAUUUUGGCUGCUUGUAUCUGUGAUUUUGUCCUUUCUGUCAUGACCCAAAGCUUAUGGCCAUAGGUGAGGGUAGGAACGCAGAUUGACCGGUAAAUUGAGAGCUUUGCCUUUUGGCUCAGCUCCCUCUUCACCACGACAGAUCCCGGCCUGCGCCUAGAAGUUCUGUCCAUAAAAAUAAUGAACAGAACAUGAGACAGAGGGCAGCCCUGCCGAAGUCCAACAUGCAUUGGGGACAGGUCUGACUUAGCUCUGAUUAAAGAAAGGAUCUGUUCCUACAGUCUGUCAUCCACUCACUGUAGAGGGCUCAUCCCAUUUACCACCAGGCAAGGAGGUUGUCAGACAGAGAAAUCACAGUGACUGUUGGUACACAGACAUCUGUUGCUCAUCUCAGUAGUGAAGGUGAUGGCCACAGCUUCCAUUUGGUAGAGCACUGCUUCUGCUUCUUCCAAAUAGUGAUGAGAACAAGGACCACCAGAUCAUCCCUGGUCAUCUGUCUACAACUACACCUGUCCUGCUGCAGAAACAAAUCUCCAACAUAACCAAGUUCUCAACUACCCAGGACAUGGUCUGUUUACCCAACCUCUAUCAAGCAUUUCCACUGCAAGGCCCUGCAAAAGCUUCUGUCCUCAAACCCCCAGACUUCUCAACUCACUCAGUUACCUAUACAUUGCGCAAUGGAGUGUAAAGAUAACCAUUUGUUCCAGCUUUGGAGAAAUGGUGCAUUUUCUGGUUGAAAAUAAAGUUGGCUUUGACUAUUACAUAUUUCACUAAACUCUGUUUUUAUGAGAGGAAAACACUUUUGUUCAGGAAAUCAUAGUAUUGAAAUUACCAGGUUUAUAUGGUAAGCUAUAAAGUAAAGAACCAACCAUAAGAAAAAAGCAUGUGUAAAUAUACUGUAAAUUAAAAAUUCAAUUGUUUAAAAAAAUUCUUGAUGAGCACUGCACACACAAAAAACACAUAUCGGAUUUGUUUUUAUUCGCCAGGUUUGCACAAGGGAUUAUUUAUUUACAUUAUUUGCAUAAAGGAAAGAAAGAAUAGAAUGAAAUAAAAGUUUCUACUCAAAUGGUAAAUGAGUUAUUCCACAGGUGGUCUAAAUCCAACAUACAGUGAUUGUUUUAUCCGUCAAGAAACUCUGCCUUGAUCUACACACCAAGCAGGAAGAGAUGGCAACUCAGAUUCUUUACCCCAGGAAUCCCCAGCGUCAGCUCACUAGAUACACUUGAUAAACCUGACAGUAAUCUCUGUAUCUCAAGAAUGAUCAAAAAACAUUUCUAAAAAAAUUACUAAAAGCAGUAAAAAUAUGUUUGGUCAAUACAUAAUUUGAACCAAUUCUUUGUUUCCAGGUAGGUCAUGCAGUGAUUGCUCUGAAUAUUAAUGCACAAUCUUUUAGUAAAAUUAUGCCAGAGCAGUAGCGCAAGUAAGACAAAAACAGAUUUUAUUCGAUUAUAUUAUUUCAGCUGUGUUGUCUAUUAAGAGAGUUUUCCAGGUAAGUAAUGUUAUGAAUAUUAAAGCUGCAUAGGCCAUUUAGCACAAGUGUUAGCAUUAGCAAAUAAAUUGAAGUAAAUGCGACAUUACCAUUGAGACACAUCUUGCAUCAGCCAAAAUGUGGUGACUUCAGCAGCCUCUUCAGCUUCAGGGUUGUACUAUGCUAUGUACUAUACCAGACCAGCUGGCCAUUGUCAUAGCUCUGUUAGAAUGUAUUUAUAAACCGUGCAUGCUGUUAGUCCUGUAGUGGGUGUUCUUCUGUGGAAGAUUGCGGUGGAUUGCAUCCUCGCAAUGUCACACUACUGCCACCUUUAUUAUCCUAACCUCUGUGUCUGACUUGGCACGUAGAGAAGCUGCAGCAUCAUCUACAAGGCAAUCAACCUGUUCAUAAGGAUUAAGGUGACUGUUCUCUGUGUAUCUACAAGACAUUGAGGCAAAAGAUGAUGGAAUCAUCUGCUUUAAUCUCGCAACAGCAUCAUCAGAUAGACAUCUGCUAUAGUAAGAUUUCUUUCCAGCUGCUGCAAGGUCAAAUAUGCUAAAUUUAAUUAAAGUUAAUAAUAAAUGGUCAGAUAACAGAGGGGUUUGUGGAAGAACUAUUAAAUUAACAAUUUCAACCCCAUAUGUCAGCACAAGAUCCAGGGUGUGAUUAAAAUGAUCGUUCAUUUACAUGCUGAGUAAAACCAAUGGUGUCUAUUAAUGAGUUAAAAGCAGUGCUGAGACAAAUACUGUCAAUCUACAUGAAUGUUAAAGUCUCCCACUGCAUUGACUUUAUCUGUGCUAAGAACUAAGUCAGAUAAGAAUUUAGAGAAUUCAGUUAAGAACUGAAGAAAUAUGGGGCAGUUGGACAAUAAACAAUACAACCCACAACUGGCCUCUGAGUUUUAGAGUCUGGGUGAGAAAGGCCCAAAGCGAGGCUCUCAAAUGAGUUAUAACUAUGUUUGGGUUUAGGAGUAAUGGGUAAAUCUGAGUUUAAAUUGAUGCUACUCCUACUCCUCUAACCUGUACUUCUAGAAACAUGAUGGUUGAUGUGUCUCAUUCGAGUUGACUCGUUUAAACUAACAUUCAUCCUGCUGCAGCCAGGUUUCAGUGAGACAGAACAGAUCUGUUGUGGUCACUUAUCAAGUCAUUUAAUAACAGGGAUUUAGAUGAGAGAUCUGAUAUUUAAUAAACCACACUUUAUUAACUUACACUUUAUUAACACUACUCUCGACAGUUCAAAACACAACAAGCAGCAGCUCGUAACUUUACUCAAACUUCACAGCACAAUUCACUAGAAUGCCUACGGAGCAGCCAACACUCACUUUGGGAGGACUACCUACGAGGCAGUCGAUUCGUACGCUGCCUUACCUGAUCGGCUGCCUUUGUUCUACUAACGGGGCCGUUACCUGCGCACCACAGGGGGGAGGCACGCUGAGCCACUUCAACAAAACCUGUGUGAGUCUGUGUUUAUCAGUCCUGACACAGGCCAGAACCAACACUGGUACUGUGGGGCCCAAUAGUCCCAAAUAAGGCCCAAUAGGUCUGAGGUCUGUCAGAAGGAAGCACAGAAUUUUGUGUGUGAGCCUGUGUUCACCAGCCCUGUCACAGGCUGUGCUGUGGUCCUCUCAUGGAGACAUGAAAACACACAGCAAAAACACUGGUACUGUGGGGCCCAAUAGGGCCCAAUAGGUCUGAGGUCUGUCAAAAGGAAGCACAAAAUCUUGUGUGUUCCUGUGUGUUUCUGUUACAGAAAGGAGAGUGCGCCCACUUGUAUUCAAUGCAUGUAAAUGAAUCUGCUCAGCCACAGAGCGAGUGAAGCCGCUUCUCUCAAGUGCUGGAAUGGGCCACAUUGGAGUUCUGACUCUUUCGGUAAAAAUGAUUGUAUGUUUCACUCUGGGAAAAAAAGACAUAAGCGCACCCACUAGAACAACAGCUUAGCCAGAGUGGCUGGGUCAUUGUUGCUAGCUUCGUAGCUCACGUGGUAGAGCGCUUGUCUUGAGAUCCAAAGGUUGGUGGUUUGAUUCCUGGCCUGGCCUCUAAUGAUGGAAGUAUUUUUGUGCUCUGAAAAGAGCAGUAAGUAAUUGAAAUGUAUUUACUCACUUUGUAUUAUUAAUUUUUACUUAUUGAUCCGCUGCUUCCAGGGAUUUCUGUUGUCAUGUUUUUUUAGUGCGUGUUUUUGGUUGGGUCAGAUGCCUUUUAUUAUUUGCAUUUGUGUAAAAGUGUUUUUUUAUUAACAAAUGUCCCAAAAGAAAACACCUCAGGUGUGUUGAUGUCUCUCUAAGAUGGCAAAGUGAAACAGAGGUUCACACAGGUUUUGUUGAAAUUGGUCAGUUCCCCCCACCACAGCUCCCAGCUCCCCCCUGUGUUGGUCCUUUUACGUAACAAAGGGAGCAAUUCACACCUGUGUUAGGAUGUCAGGUAUACCUUCCCAGACGUUUGACUGCCCUUUAGGUUCAUGAGGGGAGAAAAAAAAAUCCAGGCAUGCUAGUUAAUUGACCAUUCUGUCCUAACCUUUUUUUCCAGUUUCUUCUUAGUAUCCGGAAGCUAGUUUUCAGCUCCUCUGUCCACAUAUACAGUGGCAGCGGUUCAAAGUGACUAGGGUUUUUACUGCAGUACCGCCGCGUCGCCACGGCGCAGCGAGUGCGUCGCUGACUAAAGAUUUUUAAUCCUGCAGCCGGCUGGAAAAAAUCAGGACGCUAGUCUCGUUUUAACCACCAGGUGGCGCAGCGUUGAUUAGAAGCCUCCAAAGCACUACAGCGUAACUGAGGUCCGACUGUUCAUUUCUACCUGUAACACACAUAUAUUACACCAGACCUAUUUUACUAUUAAGUCUUUACUAUUAAGUAUCUGUUGUGUGCUAAAACAUGGGGAGUGUGAAGGGCAACAACUUGUUGAUGGCUUAGCUGUUUUCUGUUCACUGCAAAGUUAUAAUCGUUCUGUGUGGUUUAAAACAGGCAGCGCCACAGCAGCAACACAUUCUUGUUUUCAUUCUCCUCAGCUUUUUCGUGUCUUUAAAUAGAAGGCGUCUCUUAAAAAUAUGUACACACCCACCGCUCUAACAUCUGAUACAACAUAUUGGCUUCACAUAAUACCAUGAUUAUGCGUCGCGGUUUAAUUAAUAUAAUUUGAAUGCGCAAGUAAAGACGUAGAGCGCAGUCCAUCUGCGACUACAGCCGCUUAUUUAGGUUUUAAACUUCCACAACUUGUUAAUGAAUGUUUUCCAAUAGUCGUAGAUUUUACGUAAAUAACCGUAAUAAUCAUAGGAAUUUGUUUUACAGCAGUUGUCGGUCGUAAUUUUGACAGGACGCCAGAAAUCAGCAGAUCUACAGCGACGCAUUACAGCAACAUGUUUGUUCCUACGCGUUUACACUGUGUCUGCAGAACUGCAGUUUGACUUGUUUUGACUGUGCGUGUCAUUGUAACUGAGUGGCUGAGAGACUUAUUCGACCCGUGUACGUUUCAACAUUUUUAUUUCCCAUCCGUCCAUCCAGCCACUUUCACCGGCGUUUUCGUUUCUCUUUCGAUGAGCGGCAAACGGAUUUUAAUCAAAGCACCGCCGAACAAACCAAUAAAAUAGGCAAAAAUAUUUGUUUUUUACAAAAAGACACGGAAUUGGAGUUAAUAUGUUUUAUUGUUUAGAGACAAACGGAAAACAAAAAGUCGUUCUCUCGUUACCUCUGCUUAUAAUUUGGUGGCGACAUCAAACUCUUACACAAACACGUGACGUGUUUCGGAGUCAUGUGUCCAGACAGAGAGUGACCAAUACACAAAUGUAUGGAUGUGCAAAUGCGGGCUACGAGAGGAACGGGGGAGUGGCGCACUAGAUGUAGCGAGAAUUUGUUUUGACUGUGCGUGUCAUUGUAACUGAAUGAGUGGCUGAUGUGACUUAUUCAGCCCGUGUACGUUUCAAAACUUUGAUUUCCCAUCCGUCCAUCUAUCCUGAAUAAAAGCACCGCAUUACAAACCAAUAAACUGAACAAAAAUAUUUUUUAACAAAAACACACGGACUUGAAUUUUAAGCUGUUUUUUUCGUUUAGAGAAAAACGAAAAACAAAAAACCUCUGCUUUUAAUUUUUAAUGGAAGCUCAUCCGUGGACGGGUCGCGGGGCAGCAGUCGUAGCAGAGAGCUCCCGACUGCCGCUCGAAUGAAACACGAGAUCGAAUGAAAUGUGAUGUGUUUCGUACUCAAAUGACUUGGAUCUGAGUUCGACCAAGCUUUUGCUUGUCUCAUGUUUGCUCACAGUCGCAAAGGAAAUCUACACACCCCUCCCCCUCCCCGUAGAGGCGCAUAGACAUGCUAAUGUGUUGCUACUACUCGAUCAGCAGGUGAGAAAUACCUCAGCUCCGGGACAAAGCUCCGUGGGAGACAGGGCAGCAUCAGGCGACGUGAUCAGCUGCAGGUCUAAGACUCAUUAAUGCAGCAAGUAGUUUGUUCUACAUACGUUUACUCUGCAAAAAUAAACACAUGUAUUUAUCGUAGCUUUCUGAUCUAAGUUAUUUGUAGCACUUCGACAUUCGUUUAAAAUAUGCAGUGCUUUUUAAAAUGAAAAUACUAAUAUUAUUAUUUAUUACCUUUAUUGUAAACACAGUAUUAAUUGAACAAUUUGGACUGGCGAAGAUUUGCGCUUCUUUCAUAAUAAUCAUGGAUAAUCAAGGAAGAAACUGCAGUUCAUAUUUGUUAUUCAGGGACGGUUUAAUAAAGAUUCAGUGUGGUUUUUGACUGAACUGUCAGCCAAGGUACGUGCAUUAUCAAAUGAAUGCGCCUGUCAGCGGGGAAGACAUCAACUCUAUUCAGUCGCUCUUCAGUCGCUGCUGCCGUCUCCUCCCCAGUUCACACACCUUAACACUAGGACUACUGGGUUUUCUAAAUAUACCAGUUCCUACUACAAGGUGUUCCUACGAAGUUAACCAGCUGUUUAUUUCGUUAUUACUCCUUUCACCUGUACCACAUAAAGUCAUUGCAGAGCUACAGCCAUGUUCCCACAAAGUUAACCAGCUGUUUAUUUCGUUAUUUCCUCUUUCAUGACCGUCUGGUGAAUGAAAGUGGGCGUGGCCAUCCACGUCCCAGAGCGGUGACACUGGGGGAUGGGAAACGCUCAUCAACACGCAGGACAAAGAUCUGCGUUUCUCUGCUGCUACAGCCUCGGCUGCGUUGGGUUGUUAGUGUCCCUUUCACCUGUACCAUAUGAAAUGUGUUCCUACGAAGUUGCUCAGCCGCUUUCAGAAUUCCCCAUGCAGGUUUGAACAGGGCAAACAUUAUUUUUAUUUACAAAAAAAAAUUAAUACGUUUACAGAUUGACCGGUGAUGCCGCACAGGUUGCUCUCAGUUAAAACAGCUGUUUGAAGCAGGGAAAAGCGAGUUAGCUGCCCUUGUCGAUGCCUUGACAAUGUUUUAGCAUCGGUUAGAUCUCUGAGCCCCGACUUUUAUGUCUUCUUUGGAUUAAAAAACAAAUGUUGAAUGUUCUCAAAUAAUAUAAUAUUGCCGCCCUCCGCGGCUCCCAGUGUUUGUUUUUUUCAUUUAAAACGUGGGUGUUACCGGUGGCAGACUUCUGGUCUAGAUCAUCCUUAUUCACUUUUUUAAAUUGUAGUAGUGUAACCUUAGUUAGUAUUCCUUUUUAUUUUUUUUUAUUUUAUGUUUGGGAAACGUGACAUUUCAGCUACUGUGAUUUUAUUUGUCAUCAACAUUAGUUCCUACCUGUCCUUGUUGACGGGGGACAAGAAAAUGUGACGCGCGUUGGAUAAGCGCGGCGUAAAGACAAAAGUGUACAUGUGCCGUACUGUUUUGCCGUGUGGUGCAUUAAAGAAGCAUUCCACGUAAAGAAAAUUGCCCGUACCAACAGCAAGAAAUCAGGGUUACAGUAGCUUGUCUGCCAUAAAUCGAACGCUGCACGCGGGAGGGCGCACCGUUCAGCUUCCUAUUUUCGGUUUUAAACUGCCAUAAUUUGCCAUAAUUUACUUACGUUCAUAACUUCAUACUAUAACGCGACCAGCGGUUCAUGGUCUUGGCGAUUCAUGCACUAAGUAAUACAACGUUGUCAUCUCGUGAUCACAUGAUGAUGAUGAGACGCUGUUUUUCCAAUAAUUAAAAUAAAAAAGCUGCUUCCACUCAGACUCGAAAAAAAAACGUUGUGGCCAUGCACGUUAACCACUAGGCCACCAAAGACCUGAUCAUUGGUUGUUCUACAAGAGGCUAUAUGACGUAAGCAACUACGAUGUUUCAGGACCAAAAGUGGGAGUCAAUCGCCACCUACAGGCCAGAAGGACGUAACACACUCCUCCCGCAGUACAAACCCGGCACUGACGCGGCAGAUUUGAAACCCAAACACGGUGGGGGUAGACACUUUUACCGGCUGCCUCUGUAGCCCAAAACUGGUGCAUAGGAUGUGUUGAAAUUGAGCACAGGGCUGUUCAGUUGUUCACACAGGCGUGUGGUGCAGACCACCAGCUGUCUACUGCACACAUCUACUGUACGCUGGCCCAUUGUCGGAUCCCCGCGCAGCCGGCUGCUGUACAGUUCUGUAUUUGUUCAUGUGAUUUACAUUAGCUUGAAGCUUAUUUCUAAUGGAACGGACAGUGAACUUUUUUAAAGGUUUCGCAUUUUCGCAUCGCGUUUCAUAACCACGUCGAGUGGAAAAAUCUGACAAAGGGGAUUCACCAUCCUGUGCUGCAGUGGAGGAGAAAUACUGGAACCUUUAAAUACAGUAAGUUUGCUAUUUUUUUCUCGUUUGGCAGUUUGUCUUACACAGUUAUGAGUGAUUUUUGUAUAAAUGAUUAUUUUAUUAUAAUUAUAAUUUAUAAUUAUUAAUAUUAUAGUCUUUGUCACUGUCAUACAAGGAUUAGCUAUUGCUUUUGCCAUAGUAGCGACACCACCAGUAGCAAGUUAUUAUUAACACUAGCUAAGCAGGGUCUAGCUAACUUAACUUGGCCAACUUUUAUUAGCUGUUUGUGAUCUUUAGUGAUUGAGAGUGUGUGCUUGUAACUUUAUUAGCUAAUUUAAUUUGGCUGAUUAAUAUUAUUAUUAUAAUUAUUAGUGAAAUGUGCCACUUUUCUUGGUAAGCCAAUAGUAAAUUAGAGUGUAGGUGUUUUUUUUGUUGGUUAGUCAUUAUGGAUCGUCUUUGCUUGGUACUUAGAGAUAAAUCAUGUCUGUGUCUGCCUGAGUGAAGUUAAUGAUUAAUGUUAGUACUAUAUGUGCACUUAUUGACGGGUAGUAAUUACAUUCAUGAAGAUUCCAUAAAAAUUAGUAAAACUAGAACUAGAACUUUAACAGUAUGUAAUUAUGUUUUUUAGCAAUCAUGUUAAUAUAAUAACACUAAAAUACAUAAAUACAAUGUCCAGUUAAUUUAACUGUAAUUCAGCCAAAGGGUUAAAAAGCACUGAAUCAGAUAUAUAAGUCUUAGCAAGUUCAGUUUUAUGAGAUGUACACGUACAUUAGUAGUGCUAAUCUGAAAUGCCAGGAAAACCAAAUUUGAUAAAAAUGUGAUGAUAUAAACAAGUACUGUCUAAAUAGGAAAACAUGCAACUUAAAUCUUUGCUUUUUUGUACCUUUCUGUCAUUGUGGGUGCACCCAGAGAAUAACAGUGUUUAGGCUAUGUUCAUCUGUGUUUAUCUUGGUUUCCCAUUUCUUCCUCUUACAGUGUGCAGUUCGGAAGCUGACUUCUUCAGAUACCAUUGUUUUUUUCUAGUAAGCCUUGCAUAUUUAUUUUACAUUGCACCAUUUGCCUAACAUUGCAUUUUACUCAUUUAAUUUUGAAGUUAAUCUGUUCUACUCCCUCUUUACUUUUGUCCUUGGAAGUUGUAGAGCUGCAUGAAACCUUGGGUGUCUCAUGGUUUUUCUUUGAUUACCUCAGGUUGUGGGACUCUUUAGCAUGUCAACUUUUCCAGUACUUCAAUUCAGUGACAAAAUCUCUUUCUGCAGAAAACAUGAUGACACCAGUUGGAAUGAUGCAAACCAAGAUAUGUGCUUUAACUUGGUAACAUUGAAAAUUAAAAUUUAAAAUGCAAACUCAUCACUCUAGGCACUUCACUUAUUUUACCUCUUUUAACAGAUUUAUCAGUAUGCUAAAAAGAUGUCAUGCACCCACAUGAAGGAUACUAAGGUGUUCGCUGCUGGCCUGUGGAUCUGGAUGUUUCUGUACUGGAUCAGCAGCUGAAACUCUUUGUGUCUAGACACUCAGCCUUUCUGUCAGAGGACGUCCCAGGUCAAAGAACUCUGCACCACAGUGGAGAUGUUCUGGACACUCAGGUUGUGAUGAAUCCAGCUCACGACUAUGUCUGCUCAGAGGUACGGCGGCUUAUCUCUGAUCCAUCUCAACACAAACUGUUGGUUCUGACUGGUCAGUGUGUGGAGGAGACUGGAGACAUUGUGUUACAGAACGGCUGCUUCUCUCUCAGUGACUUCAUCGGCCUAUUUACCGAUGAGGAGGUUAGGGAGUUGCUUAAGUCAUCAGACUCGGCGGCAAAGGCCAGCCUCACCAUCAGCUGCCCAAACUAUGGUCUUUGGAAAGACUACAUUAUGAAUAACCACAACCUGCAAGCUGUAAUAAACAUCAAGGUCAACCCCCCCCCCAUGCUUCCAGAAAUGGAGGGUCUGCAGGAGUUCACAGAAUACUUGUCGGAAUUACUGGAGCCCGAGUCGCCAUUUGACCUGUUGGAGCCGCCGAACACUGUGGGGUUCUUGAAACUCUCUCGACCCUGCUGCUACAUCUUCCCAGGAGGGAGAGGAGAUUCUGCCUUCUUUGCUGUUAACGGUUUUAACAUCCUGGUGAAUGGUGGCUCUGAGCCCCGCUCUUGCUUCUGGAAACUAGUUCGACACCUGGACAGAAUUGACUCAGUACUCUUGACUCACAUCGGUGUGGACAAUCUCCCAGGACUGAACAGUCUAUUGCUAAGGAAAGUAGCUGAGCAGGAGUAUGAGCGCUCCGGAUCUCAAGCUGAAGAGGGAUGGACAAAAAAACUGAUUUCCCCUGAGAUUGGGGUUGUUUUUCUCAAUGUUCCAAAGAGAUUAAAGUUCAUCCAGGGAAAUCCCACCAUGCUGCGGUGUUGUGACCAAGUUGCACUAACUCUGCAGAAUUUAGAAAGACUGGCAAUAAAACCUGAACAUCUCAGUCGGUCCAAUGGUCCCAUCAUAGAGCCGAUUGUCCUGUUUCAAAAGAUGGGAGUUGGUCGCCUGGAGCUAUACACACUGAAUCCAGCAAGUGGUAGUAAAGAACUUGAAGCUUUAAUGCACAUCUGGCCAGACAACACAUCAAACAUAAAAAACCCUCCACUUCCUUUACCUUGCCUAGUUUCCAUCUGUGCCUUGCUGGUUUGGCAUCCUUCUAGUCCUCAGGAAAAGAUUAUACGUGUCCUUUUCCCAGGGUGUACGCCUCAGGCCAACAUUCUGGAUGGACUUGAAAAAGUGAGACAUCUAGAUUUCCUCAAACGGCCGUCUGUGUGUUUCACAGACCUUGAAACAUCUAAAACUGAGAAACAACCAAAACGCGCAGAGAGUCGGGAAAGCAUUAAGUCCCAGACCAAGGAUAUCAGACCCAGUAGUGCCUUGCAGAAAGACAAGCUUGGACGGGUAGAAACCAAAACAAAGACUAAGCUGCCUGCAGAUACUGCACCAAAAGACAAGAAAGAAAAGGAAGAAAAGACCAAACCUAAGGAAACUGAUUAUAAAAUGAAGCAACCUAAACCUGCAGAAAAAUUAUUUUCAAGAAAAGAAGGGUCAAAAGAGGACAAAAAGGAUCUCAAAAAGAAGGAAGAGAAGACUCCAGCUACAUCUGAAAAAAAAGAUGAGAGUGGAGGAAAAGACACUUCAAAGAAAGAAAUGUUAAGAAUUAAAUCAAAGAAAGAAAUAAAAUCUGAACCAAAAAAGGACAGCAAAAAGGAUGUCAAAGCAGAGAAGAGGAGAACUGCAAAACCUUCUGGUAAAGAAGUUAAAAAAGCAAGUGGAGCUAUAAAUCCAGUGUCGGGAAGUAUAGAACUGAAGAAAGCUUUGAGCAAGAGUGGUCCUUUAAAGAAGGAUGGUACUCUGCCAAAGAAGGAUUCUUUGAGCCAAUGGACAAAAGGGAAGCCAGCUCUAAAAGAACUGGAAAACCAGAAAGAGAUGAUUCUCAAGGUGUCAACACCUGAGAAAACGACAGCUGUGUUUGAGGAAAAUGGAUCAAAAGACACAAAUGGCAACAGCACUCAGAAAUCCACAGCAGUCAUGAAAUCUGAUGAAGCCAAGACCAAGGGGAACCAGACCCUGACAGCAGAGGGUCACCAGUACGUUGCUGCUACCUUCUCACCUCUCGCUCAAAUAACAAAAAGUGAUCUCACCGUCAACUUUGAUCUUAAGCCUGCUGCAAACCAACCUGAUUUAAGAUGCCUGAAAAACGAGUGUGCCGACUGUUUGAGCUCAAGAAAAAAAUAUCUAGAGUUGGGUUCUCAUGCAGAUUCAGCCCACAAGAGUGCAGGACACAUGCCUUCCCAUCAGUCCUCUGAGACUGAUGGUGAAGAUCAGGAUGGCGGCCUUGGGCCCAGAGUAUCCAGUCUGAGCUUUGAGAACUACAACCAGACAGGAUCUUGUAUAACUUCAGACCUGAGCACUCUGAAUGAAGGUCUGGAAAUCUCCACAUUCUCACAGGAUAGACAGUCUAGUCUUCUGACCCUCAACUCUUUCAAGGGCAUUAUGCCAGAUUCCUCUUCCACCAUGACCUCCAUGCUGGCUGACUUUUGCUCACCUCACUCAACAGAGGUUGAUGAAUCCUUGUCGAUUUCUUUAGAGAAAGGGUUGCCACCUGCUUUAGCAUCACCCAGAGGCCUCAUUGGAGUCUAUUCCAAUCGGCAUGGUGACUCAGACUCAACAACUGGCAUAGUCUUACCUUUGACAAUAGCCCAUAGUGGGAAAUACAGGAAUGGAUCAGAGGAGAAAAUUCAUGGGAUGUCUGACCUAAUCUCAGAUGUUCUGCAUGAUGUUGAUCUGUGUCUGGUGUCACCUUGUGAGUUCCAGCAUCCCAAGACUCCACAGAAUCAGCAGCAGCAUGUCAAACCUGGACUCGCCACCAGCAGUUCACCAGAUAUCUCUGAAAACCAGAACAACUUGCACGACGAGUACAGCAGCAACUGCCCUUCAGCCAAUAGCCAGGAAACUCCACCCACAUCAGUUAGUGGCUCACUGCCAAUGGCCACAGAUUCUGAUGCCCCACCUGGAACAGAGGAAUGUCCUUCUAUCACUGCAGGCGUAGAGUCCGAUGAUGAUUCCAGUACUUUUUUUAUUCAACCCAGCCAUCCACAAGAUCACCACAGUUUCCACUACACACAAACAACCCAUGACCCACCACCUGCCCUUGUUAAGGAUCUCCCACCAUUACCAACACAGCCUGGAGCUUGCAUGGCUGACUCAGAGGCUGACAGGUCAAGUAAGAACCUCAAAAGUUUAGAUGGCAAGACCAAGAAACCAAUGGAUGCGCUUCAGAGGGUAACAUCUGGUACCACAGCCACACAAGGAAAGUCCAAGGUUGGAAGCACCAUAGGAUCAGUCAAGGUGACCUCCAGUCUGGAUGCAAAACCAUCAGCCCGAAAUUCGCUUGGUGGAUCCAAACUUGUGACAGCAAAACUGCCUUGCUCAGGUUCCAAAGCUGUGAUUUUGGAGGGUUCUGCGAUCUACGUGGACCUGGCCUACCUGCCGUCUGGCUGUGCAGCCUCCACAGUGGACUUGGAGUUUUUCAAAUGUCUUCGCUCCUCUUAUUAUGUUGUGAGCGGAGACGAUCUGGUGAAGGAGGUGUCCAUGAGGAGCAUCUUGGACUCGCUGCUGGAAGGGAAGAGCAGCUGGCCAGAGGUUCAGGUGACUUUAAUCCCAACAUUUGAUUCGCUGGCAAUGCACGAGUGGUACCAGGAGACCCAAGAGCAGCAGAGAGAGCUAAGCAUCACCGUUCUGGGCAGUAACAGCACCGUGGCCAUGCAGGACGAGACCUUCCCUGCCUGCAAGGUUGAGUUCUGAGCUCUGUCUUAUCAUGUCAUGACAAGGUUUGUGUCGUGUUUGUCAUGCUGAAGUGCUUUAUCUUAGCCCUCAAACCAGUUAGUAUGUGCCUUUUGCUUUAGUCUGUUUGAAUCAAAUGCCUUUCUGUGGUUUUAGUCAAAGGAUCGGUUUCAAAUGUUUCCCUUCUUCUGGCUAAGACACUUUACAAUCGGAGUCUUUGGCACCGGGUGAUCCUGAUAAGAUGUGGAACCACCUCAACAGACAGAGGAACAGCAGAUCUUUUCUGAGCCUUUCUCUGCCCACGUAUCACUCACAGUUUGGAAAAUAGAUGCAAACAAGUUCCUUCCAACCUACAACCACAGUGGAAAAUUUUUCUAUUACAGUAGGUGAAGUUGCCAAGGCAUUAAGUGAUUAGCCUUCCAAAAAAAUGAACAAUGGCUCAUGUCCAACAAUGGUUAGAAAUGAGGACCAAAAAGAACCAGACCAAUGAAGCAAUGGUUAGAAAAAGAUCCAGUGGAAGCAUAUUCAGUUUGCUACAGAUUCUAAUGUGAAGUUCAGCUCUUAUGGUCAUCAAGUGAUGUCAGUGUUGAAAUUACAUCAUUUUGUCUCAGUAAAACAUUUUUUAAUGCCAAGUUGCCCUGGAGUUUACUGUUAUUCAUCUGUAGUUCGUUCGACUUAUCACUGCUGAACGUUAAAAUGAGACAGAGCUUUAGUCCAGUUUAUGGUAAAGUUUCUAAAACUAAACUUUCAAAAAGUCAUAGCUGCACAGAAGAAAACAUUUUUACUUAGUACUGAUUCUGGUUCAUCAACUUUCUUUCCUUGUCUGUAGAAUUUUUUUUAUACUACAUUACCCAUGAUCCUCAGCCAAGCUAUACAUCUUCACAGCAGUGCACCCUGGGCCUUUGUUGAACAUUUGUCUGACUGAAACCACAAAGAUAAAAACAUCAGUUUAUUUUUAUUUCUACAGGACAAAAUAAAACAUAUUUCAAUCUUUGAAUUAUUUAUUUAUUUCCAGAAGUGUCGUUUUAUAAAUUCAUCUCUGCGGUUUGACGGCGCUGAGUUUUAACUUUGGUACGAGCUUCUUGUGUCUCUUUUGUAGAAUUGACUCUAAAUGAGUUUUUGAUCAUUAAGUUUUUAAGAUUUAAAUAUUUUCAGCUUUAAGGGUUAAACAAACAGCCAAAAUCACUGAUGUGUUUCCAUUUUGUUUUAAAUUGAAUGUUAAAGGACCAGUCAUGUAUUUUAGACAUACAUUAUGAAACAUUUCAACAAUAAUGUAAUGUAUUGUGAGAAUUACACUUCAUUUUAUGAUGCAGAUUAAUUAAUAACUCCCGAAAGUGCCUCAACCUUUUUUUUCAUUGUAAAUCUUUUCUUUACAUUGUUGUCAAGUAAUGUACAGAUUGUCAAAUGGCCCCAUAACUUAAAGUCUGACAUUGUCCUGGUCCAUUUCAGGUUUAAUUCACAUGUUUCCUUUCAUAUUUUGCCCUGAAGCUGUAUAAGUGUUUUCUAAUUCUGUCAUUCUAACAUUUGGAUUUCUUUCUCUAGGUGACUUUAUUGUUAGUGUUUUUUAGGUUUUGUUCUGUGACUUGUUUGAACCUUAACCCAGUUUCAAUCGAAUUAUUUAAAACACAUCAAUUUACUGGAACUGCUCUGCCAGGCCAGCAGCUCUUUGUCCACACAGAUUGUAGACAUUUCUGUAUUGAAACACUAACUUGAAUAUUCCACAAUCAAAAUUAAAACAUAAUCUUUUAAA